UUCCCCUCUCAGCCUGGUUUGCUUUUUACCUCCUCCCUUUGAGCAUCCUAUGAAAGCCGCAGUGACUAGCAGCAGCAGCAUCCAUGGCCUAAACACGCACGGUCGAGCAUUAGGCAGGCGACAGCCGCUGGGAAUCUUUUGAGCACGGCCGUGGUGCGCUGCCUAUCUAGCUUUCCAUCUGCUAACCAGGGGCUUCUCCCCCUCCUCCUGUCGUUGCAGGCUCCUUGGAGAUAGAGGAAUGCAAAUCUGCAAUCAUGAUGGAAGGAUUGAAAAAACGUACCAGGAAGGCCUUUGGGAUACGGAAAAAAGAGAAGGACACUGAUUCCACAGGUUCACCAGACAGAGAAGGCGGACCACAGAAGAAGAGCAAUGGAGCUCCUAACGGAUUCUACGGCGAGAUCGACUGGGACAGAUAUAACUCUCCCAUGGUGGAUGAAGAAGGUUAUAGCAUCAGGCCAGAUGAAGAUGGUGCAACCCCUAAAGACAAGUCACACUUCUUCUCAUCCAGUGAGUCGGAGGAAGAGGAGGACCAUCGCAAAAAAUUUAAGAUCAAGAUCAAACCCCUGCUUGCUGACAAUGCUGAGUUUGUGGCUCCUUCAGUAGAUGAAUUAAAAGCCUCCAUAGGCAACAUAGCUCUGUCUCCUUCUCCUCUGAGGAGUAGUCCGAGACGUAGCCCGGGUCUGGCAAAAAGAGAUGUGCCUAGUGAAGAAAUCGAAAUUGCACGACCAAGGCGUUCAGUUCCCAUUAUUACUGCGGCCUCAGUCCCCUCACCUGCACCUGCACCUGCACCUGUACCAGUACCAGUAUCGGUACCAGAAACUCCAAGUAAGAAAUCUCCAGUGCCAGAGGAUGCAAUAGCCUUAUUUGGCCCUCCACUGGAGACAGCAUUUGAAGAGCAGAAGACUGAAGUGAUGAUAGAGGAACCUGAGGUUUGGGGUGCUCCUUUACAUGAGCCAAACCCAGACUCUUCUCUAGGAAGACCUUUUCCUCCGGGACCACUCCCUCCUCUUCCACCCAAGAAUGUGCCGACUUCCCCCCCUCCGAGCAACACUACAAGCCCAGAUUCCUCCGAUAUGAAAGGAGAAGACACUUCAGCAAACCCACCCAAACCCUCCAUAGCAGAUCUGGACAACAUUUUUGGCCCAGCAGACUCCUCUACACCUGGAGACAGUGCUGCAGACAAGUGGGUCUGCUUCAACGAUGAGUCAUCGCAAAGACCACCGAUACCAGAAGAGCCAGCUCCUCCUUUACCAAAAUCACCACCUCCUCCUGAAGAACGUGCCCCUCCUCUUCCACCACCUGAACCACCAAGAAACACCACGCCUUCUCCUCCAGCCCCCAUUCUGUCACCCAAAGAUCCUUCUCCCCCAAAACAAGUACCCCUUCCUCCAGAUGAGGUAGUCCGGCCUCCCCCAGAUGAACCUCUCCAGCCCAAUUCUGAAUCAACUCAGACUAUUACUGAUACAGAGACGAAGUCUGGCUCAGCCAAGUCUCCACCUAGUGCUCUGGAGAUAAAUGCACGUACAAUCCCCCCACCCCUGGCCCUUAAUCAGGAAGAUAAGAACAACCCUGAGGAGGGCAAUCCGAAAGAGGAUCCAAAUGCUUCACCCAAAGAGAUUGAUCAGGGCACUAGAUCAACACCACCGCCACCUCCACCGCCCACAUACAGGGCAGUGGUGUCAUCUCCUGGGCCUACACCUGCAGUCACGAGUGGAGGAAGUGGCAGUGGCUCAUCGUCCCCUGCACGCCCUGCUACGCCAUUGGCUGCCAGCAGCCCCCCUCCUCCCCCUCCUCCUCCACGGCCUCCCUCCCGUCCCAAGCUGGCUUCUGGGAAAGGCAGCAUAGGUGAAGCGAAUCGGCCCUUCAGCCCUCCGGUGCACUCGUCAAGCCCUCCACCUUUGGCACCACUGGCACGAGCAGAGAGUACCUCCUCCAUUUCCUCCACCAACUCUCUCAGCGCUGCCUCUACACCCACUGUCGGUAAAGAGCUCUCCGUGUCUGUGUCAGAUGACGUUUUUGUAGACAAACUGCCCAGCUUUGAGAGGCGAGCUGACCUCCUAGCAGAGACAGACCAGCCCUCCCUCGUAUGGUUUGACAGAGGCAAGUUUUAUUUAACCUUUGAAGGCUGUUCUCGUGGCCCGAGUCCCCUCACCAUGGGUGCCCAGGACACCCUGCCUGUAGCCGCAGCAUUCACAGAGACAGUCAAUGCUUACUUUAAGGGAACUGAUCCCAGCAAGUGUGUGGUGAAGAUCACGGGUGAGAUGGUGUUAUCCUUCCCAGCUGGCAUCACCAGGCAUUUUGCCAAUAACCCCACACCUGCAGUGCUAACUUUUAGCAUAACCAACUACAGUCAUCUGGAGCACGUCCUCCCUAACCCCCAGUUACUGUGCUGCGACACCACCCAGUCCAAACCCAACUCUAAGGAAUUCUGGGUAAACAUGCCGAACCUCAUGGCCCACUUAAAGAAGGUAGCUGAGCAGAAACCUCAGGCCACAUACUACAAUGUAGACAUGCUGAAAUAUCAGGUAUCAGCACAGGGUCUUCAGUCCACUCCUCUGAACCUGGCCAUGAGCUGGAGGUGUGACCCCACUAGCACUGACCUGAGAAUAGACUACAGAUACAAUGGCAAUGCCAUGACCACACCAGUGGCCCUCAAUAACGUACAGUUCCUCGUUCCUGUUGAUGGAGGAGUCGGUCAGCUUCAAGCUGUCCUUCCUCCGGCUGUCUGGAACGCAGAACAGCAGAGAAUCCUGUGGAAGAUCCCGGAUAUCUCGCAAAAGUCUGAGAACGGAGGCGUUGGCUCCUUGCUGGCACGGUUCCAACUAACGAACGGCCCCAGUAAACCAGCCCCUCUGGCUGUGCAGUUCACCAGCGAGGGCAGCACACUGUCAGGCUGUGACAUCGAGCUGCUCGGCUCUGGAUACCGAUUCUCUCUCAUCAAGAAGAGGUUUGCUGCAGGAAAAUACCUGGCAGAUAACUAAUCUGCACCACAGCCCCAUGCAGAAGAGUGCAUCUUUAUGGACUAAAUGAAAUUUACUCAAACCAUAUGAGAGAUGGUCACUCUGACCUCUGCCGGGUGUUUUUGGGGAUUCCCUUUCUAGAUGUCUGACCCAGGCGGAGGCCACACUCCAGCAGUAUUUUUAGGGUGUACUUCUCGUAUUUGUAAAAUCGUAAACAUUUCAGAACUGUAUCGCUGCUGUUAGACAGCAUGGGUUUCUCCUAAGACUAGCCUCUCGUCUGUCUAGCGUCUAAUCGUUGAACUUGUUGGCUGUGGCUGCCUGAAUACUUUCUAUCUCUCUAAACAUGCUGUCAAUGUUGAAGCUGAUCAGUUAGACGAUGUGUCUUGAGGAGGACGAGACACUCGAGAUCUUUCUGCCGAUAGAGAAACGUUCCAUCUAGAACCUCGAAGGUGUUUCCAAACUGACUUGAGGAUUUCAGGCUGAAUAGGAAACUGUGCAGGAUUUGACCUGCUGCUUCUUGACAUUCUUAUUGGCACUAGAGGGCAUGUUAUUUUAGACACUUAGAUAAUUUAUUAUUCAUUCAGGUAACUCUUCGGUGUAAUCUUUAAAAGCUGAAUCAGGCAAAAAGAAGGACAGAUGAUCCACAGUGGCAGAAGAUUUAAACCAUUAUUGUAAAAAAAAGUUUUUGUGCUCCUGUUUGGCACAUAAAAGUCUUGUCCUGUUUUAGCUCCUGUUCAGGCAGCCACAGCUGAAACUAUGUCUUGCUUGCAAAUGUAUUUAAAAAAAAAUAAACAAAAAAACAAGGAUUUCUUUCAGUUGAGAAAAAAAGAACUGUUUAAGAUGUAAUUUUAAAUGGAUAAUAUAUAUCUUGAAGGGCGUUUGGUGUUUUUCCUCAUACUGGUGACUAGCCUUUCUGUUGUUCCUAAGACAGCAGUGUUAGACUUCUGAGUACAUCACUCUAUUUUUAUUUAUUCCUGAUCAUUUGUUGUACAAAAAAAAGAAACAAAAAUUCAGUGACUGUAUAUGUAUAAACUUUGAAUGGUAUCACAGUUUAGGAUCCUUAAAGUUAUAAAUAUUUGAUUCUUUUUUUUUUUUUUGUUAUCUGUGUAGUUGGGUAACCUGUGUACAGUAUAAUGCGGAGGUAUAAUUUUUACAUUUAUUUCAGAUAUAAUUUUUUAAACUCAAGUGCAACAGAGAAUCGAGCUGUAUGUAUAUGGGUGGGGGGUAAAAGUGGCUGAAUACUGUAUCCGUGUGGGUGGAUCACGCUUUAUGAAAGCAGUGUUAUGUAUAUCUGCACUAUUUAGUUGAAACAUGAAUCAGUUUUUGGACAGUUUAAACCCUUUUACUGUUCACACCAUUGUGCUGCAUUCAACUGUUCUCAUCUUCCUGUGCAUUUUAUUUGAUGUCUCAAGCAUGAACCCUUGUCAAACAACCCAGUGAUUGAGUUCAUGGAUUUAUUUUAUGAAUCAUAAUGUCUCUGUGAGAUGACAAGGACGAGGUUUGGCAAGUGGUUAGGAUGACCAAAACGCUACUUCUUUCUCUUUUUUUUUCCUUUCUUUUUUUGUAUUUGUGUGUAUCUCCGAAACUGUCCCCAAGAGAGAAAAAGCUGCAUAUUUUUAAAUGUUAUAAACUAUUAAUAAAGUGAUAAAAUAUUGUUUCUUGUGGAAAGAAUACCACUGUGCUACUUUUGAACUUCCCACAUUCUCUGAUAUCUGUUAUGAAGAACAAAAAGAUCCUCCUGUCACAAUAAGUGGCUGCUGUAGAGAAAACACUGGUGCUUUGAGAAAGUUUAUUCCCAUCUGUUUUUUGUUUUGUUUUUUUUGCACUCAUACCUGCUGUAUGUUGUAAAGGAUCAAUGCACUUGCCUUUAAACAUUAACACAACAUUCUGUGUUGAACACAUUCUGAGAAUCCCGAGUGCAGUUCUCUAGCCGAGAAUAAGUUUUCUCUCCCUAAUCCAAACUGAAGUGUUAUCCAGACUGUGCUUGAGAGGCAAGAAGCUGUGUUGUAUGUCAGUCAGGUACUGUAAUUGAAGUGUGUGUGUGGUGUGAGUAUGAGUGUGUACUGUAUGUGAGUGUUUCUGAGGUUGUGAGCAUGUGUGACUGACUGUUGUUUGAUCAUUCUAGAAUUUUCUUGCCAGCAAAAUGUGCAAGCUGUGUUUGUACAGAAGGUGUUAACAAUGAACCCGAGAUUCUUUGCUCUUUCCAAACCAAUAAAAGAUGUAAGCAGAGUGUAA